UGAUUAGACUUUGUUCCUGCGGCUCCGCGAAUUGUCACUAACGUAAGUGCCCUGCCCAUUGAAGGAAUAGCACCUCAACCUCGUGCAAGCACGCAAUUUGGUCCACCUCCAUCAACAUCCAUCAACAAUGGGCACGAUGGCGUACCUUUAUCUGCUGUUCUGAAGACUCAUCUUAUCAACGAAUGAGGUGAUCGAAUAUUUUUCUUCGAUGCUCUCCUUUUGUAAUGACAUGCAAUCUCAAAACCUCUACAUGCCUUCUUAUCCAGUCGCGAUAUCAAUCAUAUAUUGAUAACGCUCUCAUCUGGGCUACUGGAGCCUUUCCAUUUAUUGCCAUGCCACUCGCUACUCUUGACAACGCCCAUUACCCAAAAUGGCAUCUGCAUCUGAUAUGAAGGCUUCGAUCCACCGUUUCCGCCUCCGCAGGGUGUCUCCAUCCCCGAGGGACGUCGGUCGGGCCCGGUCCGCUUCACCUCCAGUGUCUCCUGACCAGCGGCUACAGCAGCAGGAUGCGACCCAAAGAGAGGCGCAGGCUCGGCGGCAGGAUCAGCAAAAGCAAUCUCAAACGGUCGUCGCGGGCCGGAACUCAACUGGGAGACCCAUAGCUCCGGCCUGUGAUAGGUGUCGCAGCUUCAAAAAGAAGUGCAGUCGCACAUUUCCCGUCUGCUCUCUAUGUGCCAGCGCUGGUCAGAGAUGUUCCUAUACUAAUCCUGUUGCCAAUGCUGAGGCUCAAGUUCAUCAGCUGCGCUCUCGCGUACAAUGGCUGAGCCAAUACAUUGAACAGAACAUCCUUCCGCCAGGUCGACAAGAUGUGAUAGAAGGUAUCGAGACAGGAACCGACCUGGGUGCUGCACUAGGCCAUGGGCUACGGAACGGUAUUGGGAACAUCGCAACUUUAGGGACAGCAUCGUCACCUCUAUCACGGGUGCCAGGACAGAUGGCUUCUCCUUUAGAAACCAUAGGCUCUCUUCCCUCUACACGUGGACAAGACCACCCCUCAACUGGACGGCAAAGCGUCGAUAUGCGCCUCGAGGAAAGGGAUCCUGGCAGUGUACGAACCACCAGCAGUCGUCUAUCUUAUGGAGAUUCAACAGAUGGAUCCGUCACAAAACGAAGGUUGAUUGCACGGCAGGCCCUCCCUCCUGAUAUUGCCCCCAGUCGCUUUGUCGAUGCCUUCUUUCGUCACGUCAACAGGGCGUAUCCUUUUGUUGACCAAACUCGAAUACGGCGAGAUCUUGAACUUCUCGGGGAUGCCUCUCCUGCAGAUCAGGAUCCGCCCAUGACACUCUUGUACCUCGUCAUGGCCAUUGGAUGUACAUCGUUGGUGCGUGCGGGACAGAUUCCCAGUGAUACGGCACGCCGGUUCGAUGUGGUAUACCCAGAUAUCAUACAGGAGUGCCUCUCUAAUGAAACCAUCGAGUCUGUACAGAUUCUUAUCCUGUUGGGGUUGUACUCCUUGUUUGAUCCAGCAGCAACCUCAGCCUACUUCAUCGUCGGCAUUGCGGCACGACAAGCCAUGGUUAUAGGUCUGACUAGGCCGGACGAACAGCCACGUACGGCGGUGGAAACCGAGCUCAGACAUCGACUGUACUGGAGUAUCUUCGUCCUUGACCGUAUGAUGUCAGCGUCCCAAGGUUUACCAGCAGCUUUUACAGACGAGCACGCCAAUGUACCGCUUCCAGGACUCACGGUGGAAGAAUUUGCCAGUCCGGAUCGCGCGGUUUAUGCUCGAAACCUACAGACCAGUCGGCAUGUCAUCCAGCUCCGACAACUUGAAUAUCGGAUUCUUCACGCCGUGCACCUACAACAAAACUCUGAAACCGCACGCCUUGCUCCAGCAGACAGGCGUACGGUACUGAAUAGCUUGCGGUCUGAAAUCGAGGACUGGUACAGCAACGGGUGUCUCAUGUCGCCCAUGGAAGCAGAUAAUUUGCCUAUUCACAGCAGCAUCACCUGGUUGAGUGCUCAGUAUUACCACCUGUUAAUUCUUCUCUACUUUCCGAACCACUUUAACAGUUCUGCUGCAGCUGUCACUCGUCAGGAGCAACUUGAGUUUGCACAGAAGCAACUCCAAGCCAACUCGGCGCUCCUUCAACAACGACAACUACCCCUAAACAGGGUAUCGCUGAGUCGGUUAUUGCCAGUAUGUUUGUUGUUGAUGCAUGAUUUUGUAGCAUCGUAUAGGGCUGAGGGAGCAUCAUCUUCGGCCCGGGAAGAAGUCGUGCUGUUGAUCACGCUUCUCGAAGCGUUUCCGGAGGGAUGGACGGUGGCACAAGAAGCAGCUCGCAUCAUGCAACAGUUUGCUGGCGUGUUGACAGGACAAGGGGGUAUGGCCACAGCGUAUUAUGGCGAGACCAUAGAAGAGCUCGUCAAGCAGUGCAUCGCUAGUUUCACGGGGCUGCUACAUCAGUUCUUGGGUAAAGCGACAUGCUUCCAGUCGAUCGAGUAUGCACAAGAGACUCAAGAGGUCGAAAGAAUAGGGCAGAUCGGGGCCACGCAACAGUCGUCGACUAAUUCACUAUGGCUGAAUGGAACAGAUUCAAGUAUAGGAGGGGUUAAUGAAGAAGCGGUACUAGGAUAUGGAUGGGGUUCAUGGGAUCUUGACUUCCUUUAAGCGAGGGUCCAAUACAUAUCUCGCGAUGUAGAUAUUCUAAUGUUUUUGGUGCAUAUAUCUAGUACAAACACUGGGUACAAGAUAAGCAACUUUUCGGAGAAAGAAUCUUCGACUUACGAUAAUCCGACUUAUAUUUAGAUAUCAGCUAGAGAGGAGUAUUGGCGCCCUUAUUGUAUUCAUGCCAUGGAUGAACGUGGAGCAUCUCCAGACCCUGGCGAUAUUAUGACUGGUGGAUAUACAUGAUCAAUUUACGUAGACGAACGGACUAGAUUUCCGGCCGUUGAAGAUUAACGAUGGCCGAAUUCAAUUGAUUCAAUAAAAUGCAUACC